UCUCUAUUAGGAUCCUUUCCGAGCGUCUCUCCUAGGGUCACGGACGAUGCUGUCCGAAUAGCCGGAUUCGCGGAACAGCGAGGGACGCGCGCGAAAUGUCAUCCGAACGAUUUCAUAAGGCCGCGCAAGAAGGCACGUUGGAUGUUCUGAAGGAAGCCACGAGAAAGGAUUGUAACACGCGAGAUGAAGGAGGAAUGACCCCGACAUUAUGGGCAGCCUUCGAAGGCCACGUAGAUGCUCUGAGACUGCUGGUCGCUAGAGGAGGCGACCCGGACAAGACCGAUUACUUCGGGAAUACAUGCUUACACUUGGCAGCAGCGAGGGGCCACGAAUUCUGCGUAAAAUUCUUGGUGAAAUUUGGUUGCAAUAUAUGGUCACUGGACAUCGACCGGCACUCUGCCCGUGAACUUGCGGCGAUAAACGGCUAUGAGAAGAUUCUACAAUUCCUAGAUAUCGCUCAAGCUGAUCAGGAGUUAAAUAAUCGCAAAAAAAGCCGGAUGCUCCGGGAAAAGGCGGAGAGAGAUGCGGAGAAGAGAUUGAAAGAAUAUAUGAAGAAACAGAAAAUGGCUGAAAUUAGAGCGGAAAAAGAACAGAAGAAACUCAUAAAAGAUCGUGCUAAAUCAGACUUCGACGCAAUGAAUGAAUUGAACUCUCAACGGCCUGGGGUACUGACCUUUAGAGGCCGAAUGAAACCUUCGCCGACAUUUAGCGACAUCGUUGGUACCACUAUGAAGAAACAUGGCAGCACAGUUUGUCGGAAAGCUUUAGCUAAGAAAGCCAUCAAUGACUUUAAGGUUGUAGAGGUCGAAGUAAAUGGAAAGAAGUCGGUUCGAAGUCUCACUGGCGUUCGUCGAGAUUCUGAAGUUAUGUACGUAGGCACGUAUGACACCCAGCCUCAACACAUGGGCAUUAGAAGAGGAAAGAUCUCUGAUGUAUGGGGCACUCUCAGUAAAUCCCAGAGCACGCCCGAUCUCUUAGGUGAAAGGAUAUACGAUGAGGAAGAGGAGGAUAGAGAGGAAGAGAACUUGAAUGUUGCGAAGGACACUACUUUUCUUCAGGAACCAGCUAGUAUCUUCAAUCGACCUGGUUUUGGUUCAGUGGCUUUCAGAAGAGCGAUAACAUCUACGCUGGAUAAUCUACCGGUCACGCAGACAGAUGUCCAUCUGCAAAACAGCAAUCUUUCUGCAAAUGGUUCUACAAACGGAUCCAUAAGCAGUAAUAAGUUUAGCCCAAACGGACACAAUGAAGAAAUUAGUAUAGGAAGUGCUGGCAGUUUGGCGCGCAGACAAAGCUUGUGGGACGAGGAUCUUCUUUCAGAAGGUGAAGAAACAGAUGAGGAAUGGACGCCUUUACAGAGAUUUUUAGUCGCCAAUAAUCUCACGUCCAUACAUCCUAUUUUGGAAUCGGAGCAAAUCGAUCUAGAAGCUCUGAUGCUGCUCACUGAAACAGACAUAGCGGCCCUCAAACUUCCGCUUGGUCCGAGACGAAAACUCACUAAUGCAAUCGCCAACCGAAAAAAAGCGCUGAACACGCCAGAGAAUGUUAUCAAGGACAGUAGAUUGUGAAAGUAAUAUAUUGCAUAGCCAUAGAGAUGAAUUGCUGAUAACGAAAUUAUCCAUCCACAAAUACGAUGAAGUAGCUAUUAAUGAUUUGC